AGCAUUUGCAAAUUCCGGCUCCAUCCAGAGCGCGGGGAGCAUCCUCCAACCCACGCCGGGCCGCCAGCAGCGGCAGGGCAGGACGAGGCUUCCCGGCUCCCGGGGAUCCCGAACGCCUCCUCCCCUCCUCCCUGCGCCCUGCCCGCGCUGCCGGAGCCGCAGCAUCGCCCGCAGGCAGCGCUCAGCACAGCCCGGCCCCUGUCCCCGGCGCGCAGGCAGGCACGGGCACAGCCCUGGGCUGAAAAGUCAUGACAGCUGAAAAGACUAUUCCUAUAAUUAAUGGCAAGCCAGAAGAUGCUUUGGACCCAGAAGCCUCAAGUACCAACCUCGUCCACAGCAAUGAUAAGAAAGUUCAUGAAAGAGGUCACUGGAACAAUAAGGUUGAAUUUGUGCUUUCUGUGGCAGGGGAGAUUAUUGGGCUGGGGAACGUCUGGAGAUUCCCAUACCUUUGCUACAAGAAUGGAGGAGGUGCUUUCCUCAUCCCCUACGUGGUGUUUUUUAUCUGCUGUGGAAUCCCAGUAUUUUUCUUGGAGACGGCCUUGGGACAGUUUACAAGUGAAGGAGGCAUCACAUGCUGGAGGAAAGUUUGCCCUCUCUUUGAAGGCAUUGGCUAUGCUACCCAAGUUAUAGAGGCACACCUAAAUGUAUAUUACAUCAUCAUUUUAGCAUGGGCUAUCUUCUAUUUGUUCAACUGCUUUACUACAGAGCUUCCCUGGGCCUCCUGUGGCCACGAAUGGAAUACAGAAAACUGUGUGGAAUUUCAGAAACUCAACAUGAGCAACUGCAGUCAAGUGUCUUUACAGAAUGCCACUUCUCCAGUGAUGGAAUUCUGGGAACGGAGGGUGCUGGCAAUUUCCGAUGGGAUUGAGCACAUUGGGAAUCUGCGCUGGGAGCUCGCCCUGUGCCUCCUGGCUGCUUGGACUAUUUGCUAUUUCUGCAUCUGGAAAGGCACCAAAUCCACUGGGAAGGUUGUGUAUGUGACAGCCACGUUCCCCUACAUCAUGCUGAUGAUCCUCCUGAUCCGGGGGGUGACGUUACCCGGCGCCUCCGAGGGCAUCAAGUUCUACCUUUACCCCGACAUCUCCCGCCUCUCCGACCCACAGGUGUGGGUGGAUGCUGGCACACAGAUCUUCUUCUCCUACGCCAUCUGCUUGGGAUGCCUGACAGCCCUGGGGAGUUACAACAACUACAACAACAACUGCUACAGAGACUGCAUCAUGCUCUGCUGCUUGAACAGUGGCACAAGCUUUGUUGCUGGUUUUGCUAUCUUUUCAGUUCUUGGAUUUAUGGCUUAUGAACAAGGCGUGCCCAUUGCAGAAGUUGCAGAAUCAGGACCAGGGCUUGCAUUCAUUGCUUACCCUAAAGCUGUCACCAUGAUGCCUCUGUCUCCUCUGUGGGCAGCUCUGUUCUUCAUGAUGCUCAUCUUCCUGGGCUUGGACAGUCAGUUUGUGUGUGUGGAAAGCAUUGUGACAGCCGUGGUGGACAUGUACCCCAAGGUGUUCCGCAGGGGCUACAGGAGGGAGCUGCUCAUCCUCGGCCUCUCCGUCGUCUCCUACUUCCUCGGCCUCAUCAUGUUAACUGAGGGUGGGAUGUAUGUGUUCCAGCUCUUUGACUCCUAUGCAGCCAGUGGGAUGUGCCUGCUCUUCGUGGCCAUAUUUGAGUGUGUCUGCAUAGGCUGGGUGUAUGGCAGCAAUCGCUUUUAUGAGAACAUUGAGGACAUGAUUGGGUACAAACCUGUGUCGUUGAUUAAGUGGUGCUGGAUGGUCCUAACUCCAGGUAUUUGUGCAGGAAUCUUCAUCUUUUUCCUGGUGAAAUACAAGCCCCUGAAGUACAACAAUGUGUACAUCUACCCUGACUGGGGCUACGGCAUCGGCUGGAUGAUGGCACUCUCCUCCAUGGUCUGCAUCCCGCUGUGGAUCUGCAUCAAGCUCUGGAAGACAGAGGGCACCUUCAUGGAGAAAUUCAGGAAGCUGAUUACACCUAGCUCAGACCUGAAAAUGCGGGGCAAGCUCGGAGGAGGAGCCUACAUUGCAGCAAUAAAUGACUGCGAUGCCAAACUGAAAGGAGAUGGCACCAUUUCCACCAUCACAGAAAAGGAGACACAUUUCUGAAAGAACUUUUUUUUUCUUGUUUUUUUUUUUUUGUAUAAAGAAAUAAAUAAAUUCACUUAAUUAUAGAGGCUGGCUUGUU